AUGAACCGCGACAAGGGCGAGCGCCCGGACGUCGGCCACUUGACGGGCGAAGAGAUUGCAAAACACAACUCGGCGGAAAGCUGCUGGGUCAUCGUUCAUGGCAAGGCCUACGAUGUGACAGAGUUUCUCCCAGAGCACCCCGGUGGUCCAAAGAUUAUACUCAAGUAUGCCGGCAAAGAUGCUACGGAGGAGUAUGAUCCUAUACAUCCCCCAGACACCCUGGACAAGUAUCUUCCCAAGGACAAGCAUCUGGGGCCAGUGAACAUGAAAACAGUUCUAACACUUUUACAGGAGGAGAAAGAAGAAUCGCCCGACGAGAAGGCUCGUCAAGAGCGCAUCAAGAACAUGCCCUCGCUAGACGCAUGCUACAAUCUCAUGGACUUCGAGUCAGUCGCUCGAGAGGUGAUGAAGAAGCCUGCAUGGGCCUACUACUCCUCAGGCGCAGACGACGAGAUCACCAUGCGCGAAAACCAUUCUGCCUUUCACAAAAUCUGGUUUAGACCUCGUGUAUUAAUCGAUGUCGAGAACGUUGACAUUUCCACGAAAAUGCUGGGAACAAAGGUCGAUAUCCCCUUCUACGUGACCGCCACCGCUCUGGGCAAGCUCGGCAACCCUGAAGGCGAAGUGCUCCUCACCCGCGGCGCCAAGAAGCACAAUGUUGUGCAAAUGAUCCCUACACUUGCGUCCUGCAGUUUUGAUGAGAUCGUCGACGCACGGGAGGGCGACCAAGUUCAAUGGCUUCAGUUGUACGUCAACAAGGACCGCAAGAUUACAGAGAAAAUCGUGAAGCACGCAGAGUCGAGGGGUUGCAAGGGUCUAUUCAUUACUGUCGACGCACCACAGCUUGGCAGGCGGGAGAAGGAUAUGCGCUCGAAAUUCGACGACUCGGGCAGCAAUGUGCAGAGUUCGAGUGGCGAGAACGUAGACCGAAGUCAGGGUGCAGCUCGCGCCAUCUCCUCCUUCAUCGACCCUGGUCUAUCGUGGAAGGAUAUUCCCUGGUUCCAGUCUAUCACAAAAAUGCCUAUCAUCCUCAAGGGCGUACAGCGCGUGGAGGAUGUUCUGAAGGCGAUUGACUACAAGUGCCACGGCGUUGUGUUGUCCAACCACGGUGGCCGGCAGCUCGACUUUGCACGAUCGGGUAUCGAGGUACUUGCGGAAGUGAUGCCCGUACUCAGAGAACGGAAUUUGCAGAACAGCCUGGAAAUAUUCGUCGAUGGUGGUGUCAGGCGUGCUACGGAUAUCAUCAAGGCUUUGUGCCUGGGCGCCACGGGUGUGGGCAUUGGACGCCCAUUCCUGUUCGCUAUGUCCGCCUAUGGGCUGCCAGGUGUUGAUCGGGCAAUGCAACUCCUGAAAGAUGAGAUGGUCAUGAACAUGCGGCUUAUCGGCGCCAGUUCGGUCGAUCAACUGACGCCCGACAUGGUCGACUGCACCGGCCUGAAGAUGCACACGACAGGAGUGCCGGAUGACAGUCUGUCGCUACGGAGUUAUGAUGCGCUGAUCACCCCACAUAUGAUGUUGAAGGGCAAGCUGUAG